AUGGCUCUAGGUCUCUUUCUCAGGACAAGUCCAGAUUUCCACUUUGGACUUGAGCCCGGCAACAACUCCAAAGCAUGGAUUUACUCGGGUCCCGAGGCGGAAGACAAAGCAGUGAUUAUGGCCAAAAUCCACAGCGACAAUGUGGACUGGGUGUUCUACCAUCUUCCGGAUUGGAAGCAAGCAAUAUACUAUAUGGACGAGCCCACUAAAGGAAAGCUUCACCCACCACUCAAUAAGGGCAGGGAAGCUAUGGCAUAUCUCACAUUUAUCAUCGAUCACUACGACCUGCUUCCGUCUUACAUGGUCUUCGUCCAUCCACACUUCGAAGGCUGGCCUGCAGCAUGGCAUACAGACAGCGUUGAUCACAAUCAAGUCAUCUCGAUUAGGUCUUUAAGACUGGAGUACCUCGAACAGCAUGGUUAUGUUAAUAUGCGAUGUAUUCACGACCCGGGUUGUCCAGCGGAAAUACAAGUCGACCGACAAGAAGAUCACCGUACAGCCGAACACGCCAUGAGGGAUGCAUGGCCUUACAUGUUUGGAGGUAACUAUACGGAUAUACCGAAAGUCAUCGCCGAACCAUGUUGCUCACAAUUUGCCGUUUCGAAAACACAAGCUCUCACGCGCAGCAAGUCGGAUUAUGAGCACUAUCGACGGUGGCUACUGGACACUCCACUAGAUGAUGAUACAAGUGGACGGGUUUUUGAAUAUCUCUGGCAUGUCAUUUUUGGACAGGGCGCCGUGCACUGUCCCCCUAUUGAACAGUGCUGGUGUCAGCAGUUCGGUCGAUGCUAG